CUGGAGCCUGAGCCCAAAUCUGAAGUGCCAAAGGAGGAACCUCAGCCCCCCGAGCUUCCUCCAGCAACAGAGAGUGUCCCUCUGGCUCUUGAACAGAAGAAAGAGGAGCCUCCUGUUGCAAGCUUCCCAAAAAGGGAAAUCAUGGAGCCCGGUCCUGCCAGAGCUAAAGCCAACUGGCUUCGACUUUUCAGCAGAGUACGACUACAACUACAAGAGGCCCGAGGAGAAAGUGUUGGCAUUGCCUCUCUGCUUUUGUCAGCAGGGAUGGGUGGUGCUCUGUAUAGUAUUGACAGCAUGCCAGACCUCAGGAAGAGAAAAGCAAUGCCUCUGGUCAGCGAUCUGGCUAUGUCCUUGGUUCAGAACUCCAGGAAGGCGGGCAUCACCUCGGCCCUGACAUCAAGUACCCUACAUAAUGAAGAACUGAAGAGUCAUGUCUAUAAGAAGACCCUCCAGGCCCUCAUAUAUCCUAUUUCCUGCACCACCCCACACAACUUUGAGGUGUGGACAGCCACCACACCCACGUACUGCUAUGAAUGUGAGGGACUCCUCUGGGGUAUUGCUCGCCAGGGCAUGCGCUGUACUGAGUGUGGGGUGAAAUGCCACGAGAAGUGCCAGGAUCUACUCAACGCCGACUGUCUGCAAAGAGCGGCAGAGAAGAGCUCCAAGCACGGCGCCGAGGACCGGACUCAAAAUAUCAUCAUGGUUCUUAAGGAUCGCAUGAAGAUCCGUGAGAGGAACAAACCAGAGAUCUUUGAACUCAUUCAGGAAGUGUUCACCGUCCCCAAGUCCACACAUGUCACCCAGAUGAAGCAGAUCAAACAGAGCGUGCUCGAUGGCACCUCUAAAUGGUCGGCCAAGAUCAGCAUCACAGUGUUGUGUGCCCAGGGUCUACAAGCCAAGGAUAAAACUGGUUCCAGUGAUCCGUAUGUAACUGUCCAGGUUGGAAAGACGAAAAAGAGGACCAAGACCAUCUAUGGCAACCUCAACCCUGUCUGGGAGGAGACAUUUAAUUUUGAAUGUCACAACUCUUCAGACCGCAUCAAGGUGCGAGUGUGGGAUGAAGAUGAUGACAUUAAGUCUCGUGUGAAGCAGAAGUUCAAACGAGAGUCCGACGACUUUCUCGGUCAAACCAUCAUCGAGGUCCGCACUCUGAGCGGAGAGAUGGACGUCUGGUAUAAUCUGGACAAACGUACUGACAAAUCCGCUGUGUCUGGGGCCAUCCGCAUGCACAUAAGCGUAGAGAUCAAAGGCGAGGAAACGGUUGCUCCGUAUCACGUUCAGUACACCUGUCUGCACGAGAAUCUCUUCCAUUAUGUGACGGACAUCCAGAAUAAUGGUGUGGUGAAGAUUCCUGACGCCAAAGGGGAUGAUGCAUGGAAAGUGUACUUUGAGGAAACUCCCCAGGAAAUCGUAGAUGAGUUUGCCAUGCGUUAUGGAGUCGAGUCCAUCUACCAGGCUAUGACCCAUUUUGCCUGCUUGUCAUCUAAGUACAUGUGCCCAGGUGUGCCUGCAGUGAUGAGUACCCUGCUGGCAAACAUCAAUGCCUACUACGCCCACACCACCCAGGCAACCAACAAUGUCUCUGCCUCUGACCGCUUUGCUGCUUCUAAUUUUGGGAAAGAGCGAUUUGUCAAGCUCCUCGAUCAGCUUCAUAACUCUCUGAGGAUCGACCUGUCCAUGUACCGGAACAACUUCCCAGCCAGCAGUCCUGAGAGACUGCAGGACCUCAAGUCCACAGUGGAUCUGCUCACCAGUAUAACCUUCUUCAGAAUGAAGGUCCAAGAGCUCCAGUCGCCACCCAGAGCCAGUCAGGUAGUGAAGGACUGUGUCAAAGCCUGUCUCAACUCCACCUAUGAAUACAUCUUUAAUAACUGCCAUGAGCUGUACAGUCGCGAGUAUCAGGCAGACCCGGCCAAGCAGGGUGCUGUGCCCCCAGAGGAGCAAGGACCCAGCAUCAAAAACCUCGACUUCUGGUCCAAGUUUAUCACACUUAUCGUCUCAAUCAUUGAGGAAGACAAGAACUCUUACACUCCUUGCCUAAAUCAAUUCCCUCAGGAGCUCAAUGUGGGUAAAAUCAGCGCGGAAGUUAUGUGGAACUUAUUUGCUCAGGAUAUGAAGUAUGCAAUGGAAGAGCAUGAAAAAAACCGCCUGUGCAAGAGUGCAGAUUACAUGAACCUGCACUUCAAGGUCAAGUGGCUGUACAACGAGUACUGCAAGGACCUGCCGUUCUUCAAGAGCAGAGUGCCUGAAUAUCCGGCGUGGUUUGAGCCAUUUGUCAUCCAGUGGCUGGAUGAAAAUGAAGAAGUGUCUCGUGACUUUCUGCACGGUGCUUUGGAAAGAGACAAAAAAGAUGGGUUCCAGGUCACAUCGGAGCAUGCUCUGUUCUCCUGUUCGGUUGUGGAUGUCUUUUCCCAGCUCAACCAGAGCUUUGAGAUCAUCAGGAAGUUAGAGUGCCCAGAUCCGCAGAUUGUAGGACACUACAUGAAGCGCUUCGCCAAGACCAUCAGCAAUGUGCUUCUGUCCUAUGCUGACAUCAUCUCCAAGCUGUUUGCCAACUAUGUCACCAUGGAGAAAGUGCCCUGCAUCCUGAUCAACAACAUCCAGCAGCUGAGGGUUCAGCUGGAGAAGAUGUUUGAAGCCAUGGGUGGAAAAGAUCUGUGUGUUGAAGCUAGUGAUAUCCUGAAAGACCUGCAAGUCAAACUCAACAAUGUCAUGGAUGAUCUCAGCAGGGUCUUUGCUGUCAGUUUCCAGCCUCAUAUUGAGGAAAAUGUUAAGCAGAUGGGAGACAUCUUGGCUCAGGUUAAGGGAACCUCAAAUGUGGGAAAUGCCAGCAGCGUGGCCCAGGAUGCUGACAAUGUCCUGCAGCCAAUCAUGGAGUUCCUGGACAGCAACCUGACUUUGUUUGCUAAGAUCUGUGAAAAGACUGUGCUGAAACGUGUGUUGAAGGAGCUGUGGAAGCUGGUGAUGAACACCAUGGAGAAGACCAUCGUUCUGCCACCGCUCACAGACCAAACGGGGAGGCUGAAGAGUGCUUCUCACAGCGAUGGCACUCAGCUCAUCUUUAACGCUGCCAAGGAGCUCGGACAGCUGUCCAAGCUGAAGGAGCACAUGGUUCGUGAGGAGGCCAAAGCGCUAACACCCAAGCAGUGUGCUGUGAUAGAGUUGGCUCUAGACACCAUCAAGCAAUAUUUCCAUGCUGGUGGUGUGGGUCUGAAGAAGACAUUCCUGGAGAAGAGUCCUGACCUUCUGUCUCUCCACUACGCCCUGUCCCUUUACACGCAGGCCACAGACAAACUCAUAAAGACCUUUGUCCAAUCGCAGAACGCUCAAGUGUUCGGCGGGAAGGGGGUGAGAUUCACCACUAGUGAGGAUGUUUACCCAGAAAAGGGUAUGUGGCACUCAGGCUGAGGCUCUGAGACACCAAGGACCACCAGAGAGCCUCCAGAACAAAGCCCAGCAACCUCCACCUUUUCACCCACCCCCACCCCCACCCCCCCAUGUGCAUCCUGAAACUCUCCUGCCUGCUCAGAUUCAUCCCAACAGACAAAUGCAAUGCACAGACUGAACACACUCUCUGCCUUUUUGAACACACAUACAUGCCCACCACCACAACAAGAAUGGUAACUUUAUGCAUUCAUGCAUGAAACGUACACACUGAUGUCUGUAUGUAC